AUGGAGAUGCUCCGAGACAGUUUUAAUGACCCUCACCUCUGCAGAGAGCGGCUCCUCGUGCACGUGGACGACGAGGGUAGUACCUGGGGUGUGUGGGGUGCCGUGGCCAGGCCCGUGGUGGUGGUGGUGGUGGUAGUGAGGCCCGUGGUGGUGGUGGUAGUGAGGCCCGUGGUGGUGGUGGUAGUGAGGCCCGUGGUGGUGGUGGUGGUAGUGAGGCCCGUGGUGGUGGUGGUGGUGGUGAGGCCUGUGGUGGUGGUGGUGAGGCCUGUGGUGGUGGUGGUGGUGGUGGUGGUGGUAGUGAGGCCUGUGGUGGUGGUGGUGGUGGUGGUAGUGAGGCCUGUGGUGGUGGUGGUGGUGGUAGUGAGGCCUGUGGUGGUGGUGGUGAGGCCUGUGGUGGUGGUGGUGGUGGUGGUGAGGCCUGUGGUGGUGGUGGUGGUGGUGGUGGUGAGGCCUGUGGUGGUGGUGGUGGUGGUGGUGGUGAGGCCUGUGGUGGUGGUGGUGAGGCCUGUGGUGGUGGUGGUGGUGAGCCCUGUGGUGGUGGUAGUGUGGCCCGUGGUGGUGGUGGUGACGAGGGAGAGCUGA